AUGGCACCCAAACCCGCAGAGGUCGAGGAGACUGAGAAGCCGGACCCCAGGGCGCCGCGUAUCAUCCUGCGCACCCUCCCCUCGCUGUCGUUCUCAACCCCCACCCACACGGUCCGCAUUCAGCUGUCCAUACGCCCUCAGGCGCGUGAGAAAGACCCCCGGAGCCGCGCAUGGCUCGGCGCGCCGCGACCCGAGUCGCACGCUGUAGACGCCGGGAUACGGGAGGCUCUGGUGAAACAGCGCGCAGCCAUUUCCGACAGGAUCAAAGAGAGGAGCAACAGAGUCCAAACACUCAUGCCGAAGCUCUCGAAAGACAUCGAGCUGCUACCGGAUGCUCUGGAGUCCCUAUUCGCCGAAAUCGACCCUACCCUUUGUCGGGCCGCAUUGUCUAUCCCCUUCCCACAGGACUCUACGCUCGUUCUAGCAGCGCAGGUCUCCUCCCCUGCCGUCAUCGCCAAAGCCGUCCAACUAGAGGAGCUCGUCAAUGGGAUCAGGGCAAGCAUGGCGGAGAUCGAGACAGCCCUCAAGGAGAUCCAAGCUGACGUUGGGGGGAUCAAAUUGGACCACAUCGAUAUCGAGAUGGCGAGCGUCGUGGUGAGCUGGGCGGCGCGCGUCCAGGUGAUGAACGAUCGUCUCGAUGGGGUCGCCAGGACGCUCCAGCUGUAUGCGGCUCUGCGCGUCGCUGCAGCCCGGAUCCAGCCUAUGGGAGGGAGCCGCUAG